AUGUCGGACGAAGGCGUUUGGACGCUGAUUGAAUCCGACCCAGGCGUGUUUACAGAGAUGCUGCGUGGAUUUGGUGUCGAGGGGGUACAAGUUGAGGAAUUGCACUCCAUGUCCGAAGAGGAGACUGCAGCCUACAACCCCAUAUACGGUCUAAUUUUUCUCUUCAAAUGGCGACCUGGGGAGGAGCCCAUUGGCGAACCAGUUGACACUAAUAAUGUAUUUUUCGCACAACAGGUAAUUACCAACGCUUGUGCGACUCAAGCUAUUAUAAAUCUGUUGAUGAAUGUGAACGACCCGAAAGUAAAGCUAGGCUCGGUACUCGAAGAAUAUCGUGACUUUGCCAAACAAAUAGAUCCUGCUAGUAGAGGUUUGGUUUUGUCUAAUUGCGAGAAGAUCCGACAAGUGCACAACAGCUUUGCUCGUCCGACAUUCUACGAGCUUGAUCUCAAUAUGCCUCCGUCUGAAGACAACUACCACUUCAUUACUUUUGUACCCGUGGGAAACAAAGUGAGAUUCAACGACGGCGAUAUCAUGUUCAAUUUAAUGGCUGUAGUUGGUAAUAUGAUGGAAAAAUGGACAAAGCGAAGAGAAGAAAUUCUUGAGGGUAAAAUUACGUUCCCUUCCACGGAUGCGAUGUAUGACGAGCUUGCUAUCGUUGAGAAUAAGAUCGACGAGGAAGGACACAAGCUCGAUACAUACAGACGAGAAAAUGCUAGACGUCGUCACAACUACUUGCCAUUUAUUGUCGAGAUAUUGCGUAUUCUCGCGAAGGAAGGUCGACUUGUACCGAUGGUAGAAAAGGUAGCGUAG